UCCCAACCACAUUCUCAUGCAAGAGGAGGACAGCAGGGGGGUGGCAAGCCCUCUGUGCUCUUCCGAGGUAGUGAGGAGACAGCAGCAGGCUAGUGGCUCCUCUUCCUCAGGACCGGCUAGCGAUAGCAAGGCAGCGGAACGCUCCCGCCAUCAUUCGCACCGAUGUCGCCACCUCCCGGCUAGGGAGCGCUCACCAAUCAAUUUGCCCAUCGACGAUAAAAUGGACGUCCCAUGCGCCACAGCAGCCGAUCAUGACUCCACGCCGCCCAACAACGACGACAAUCAAGACGGCAGCAUCCCCUCCACCCCUUCGUCGCCCAUCGGCUGCCUCAUCUGCCUCUCGUCUCCGACGUCCGUCGACGAUCGGGCCAUCCUCCCGCUCUGCCAGCACUCCCUCUUCUGUUUCCCCUGCAUCCUUCAAUGGACCGAACAAAAGCGUACCUGUCCGCUCUGCAAUGCCGAUGUGGGCCCGUACAUCCUUCACAGGGUAAGGAGCGAGGUGGAUUAUGAGAGGCACUACUUGAGGCCGGUGAGCGGUGGACACAAGGCAGCGGUGGAGAGCACAGAGGAGACAAGGGAGAUGGAUGGAAUGAUCGCGAGACAGAGCAUGGCAACUGAGCGACUACGACGGCAACGCAGGCUGCUACGGCAAGCAAGAGAAGCUCGUCGCUCCCCCUUCUCCGGCACACCCUCCUCAUCCAGCAUCCUCCACGAACAGUCGCGCGCUCUGUCUAUCCGCAAAUACAUCUACCGUCAUAGCCUCUACGCGCUGCACAUUGGCUCCAAUCGACACACAGGCUUUCGCCCUUGCCCCACUGCUGGCGAGCUCGCCUCCUUUCCUCACCUGGUCGCGCAGCUGCUGCCCUUUCUCCGCCGAGAGAUCCAAGCUUUACCACUGGGCCCGGGGGCGGACAUUCCCUUUCUCGCUACGUACGUCGGAGAGGUGUUCAAAAGCCUGGAGGUGAGGAGCGAGGGGAGUGUCAGACUACUGGCGGAUCUCUUUGGCGUGGAAGGUGCAGAGCGCCUUGCUGAGCAUUUCUGUCAUGAGGUGGCCACCUGGUUGCGCAGUGGGGCCAGAAGUUGCGCUGAAUUUGACCGAAGAGUGAGAUAUGACAUGAGGGGAAUGGCGACACGAAGGCAAGGCUCCUCUACGGCGCAGGCGUCGUCAUGGCGUCUCGAGCGAGGUGGAGAGCGGGUGGACGCAAGGGUCGGAGAGAGCGCUGGCAAGUGGGUGCGGCGCCCUUCAGCCGUUGAAGAGCGCGUGGGGAGGGAGUAUGUCGCGCCAAGCAACGUCGAAGACGAUAGUGCGACGAGAUCGUGCGAGGCUGCCCGCAGCAGCAACGAUGAUGCUGCCUCCAGGCGAAGCCGGCUGUUAGCUCGCCUGGCAAAGGAGAGGGAAGAGCUGGCGGCGCGUGUGGGGUGAGAGGUUCGUUUGCCUGCAGCGAGGACGACGUCACAGACGAUACAAUAUACCGAGAAUCGAGCGCAGAUCUAGUUGC